AUGCAAAGACGGGCAAAUGAGGCAAAGGUUUUGUUUGAAGAUGCGUUUGCCACAGCUCUCAAAGCUUGUGGGGCGUCCAAAGACAUUGCAAGAGGCCGCGAUCUCCAUGGCCAAAUUGUGGCCAGUGGUCACAAAUCAAAUGCGUACCUGGCCAAUAUGCUUGUUAACCUGUACGGCAAAUGCGGGCAAGUGCGAGAAGCCAAGAUGGUCUUUGACGGGAUUGAAGCCCCAAACAUAUGUUCUUGGAAUAUCCUAGUCGCGGCAUAUGCCCAAAACGGGCAUCUGUAUCAGGCAAAGCAUCUGUUUGAUUCCAUGCGUCGCAAAAACGUAGUGACAUGGACGACGAUGGUAUCUGCGUUUUGUGAACACGGGUCUCUAGACAACGCAAGCGACUAUUUAUACCGAAUGCCGGAGUGGCACGUCAUAGCCUGGAACUCAAUGCUCACAGUAUAUGCCAGGUGCGGGUAUCUGGAACAGGCGAUAAAACUGUUUGAGAAUAUGCCACACCCGAGCACUGCAACGUGGAAUCUCAUGAUGCUCAUAUAUUCCCAAGCCGGGCUCCCAUUGGAGGCCAAAUUCACGUUUGACAGGAUGUCCGAACGAAACGUGGUGAGUUGGACGACCAUCCUUGCCACCUGUGCGCAAAGGGGCUACGUGGACAUCGCGGUGCAGCUCUUCCAGCGAAUGCCAGCGCGGAAUGUGGUGACGUGGAACUCUCUGGCCAUUGGCUAUGAUCAUUCCGGACACGUCAAACUCGUGGAGGAGAUUUUCCUGCAGAUGCCGCAGAGAACGACGGUGUCGUGGAACGCGCUCCUCCACGCGGUUUACCAGCAUGGCUCUCCCUGCCACGUGGAAGUUAUAUUCGCUAGGAUGCCUUCGUACGAUUCUCUUGCUUGGAAUACAAUGUUGACGGCAUAUGCCCAAGGCGGGGAUAUGCUCUCGGCUACAAUUUUGCUCCAGAAGAUGCCACACAGGGAUCUUGUGUCGAGCAACAUUAUCAUCCAAGCUUUUGCAUAUAAUGGAUGUUUAGACGAAUCUACUUCCGUAUUUCUUACGAUGCCACAAAAAAAUGUCAUUACUUGGAAUACUAUGAUUACAGUUUAUGCCCAAAGAGGGGAUACUCAGAAAGCAAAGAUACUCUUUGAUCGGAUGCCACAGUGGGAUAUUCUGUCGAGUAACGCAAUGAUACAGGUCUUGGCGCAUGGAGGUCGGGUAACUGAGUCAAAGAUAAUCUUUGAGUCGAUGCCCGAUACCAAUGUUGCGACUUGGACUUGCAUGAUUUCUGCAAAUGCCGGAGUUGGGAAUCUCGAGGAGAUGUGGAGAUUGUUUUCUCUUGUGGAGCAGAAAGAUAUUGUUUGCUGGAAUGCUCUAGUUGGUGGACUUGUUACCGCAAUGCAAACCUUCAAAGCAAAAGAGGCUUUGGAUAGAAUGCCGAGUUGGAAUGUCGUGGCGUUGAACACUGUAAUGUCAGCCUAUGCCCGAGAUGGGUAUCUGACAGAUGCGAAGAGAAUGUUCCUCUCGAUGCCUUUCCGCGAUCACCUUGCAUGGUGUGUUCUUCUGACUGGCUAUGGCGAAUGUGGUGAACUUUUAAACUCAAUUCAAGCCUUCAAUCGAAUGCCCUUGCACGACGUAGUGUCAUGGAACGUUAUGAUCUCAGUCUAUGCCCUUAAUGGGUGUCUUGUGCAAGCAAAGAGUAUAUUUGACAGAAUUCUCGAACACAAUCUUUCAUCGUGCACUACAAUGAUGGUUGCAUUUUCCGUAAAUGGUCAUGUAAGCUGCGCCCGUGAAGUGUUCGAAAAUAUGCCAUGGAAAGACCAGCGGUCGUGGACGGCCUUGAUCGCAGUACUUGCCAGAAACGGCCAUAUGCAAGAUGCGAUUAAUGCGUUUCAGGCCAUGAAUCUCGAAGGGAUUUUACCGGACGAGAUCACUUUUAUCGCAAUCCUGAGCGGUUGCAGCCACGCGGGGAAGAUCAUUGGUGCUCGAGAACACUUCCUGUUGAUCCAAUCAGACUUUGGGAUCGACCCAAUUGUGGAUCACUACAGGUGCAUGGUUGAUCUGCUUGGGCGGGCUAAGCGGCUGGAGGAGGCCGAGAAUCUUAUCCAGUCCAUGCCAUUUCUUCCAGAUGCGGUGGCAUGGACAACUCUGUUAAGCGCUUGCAGGCUCCAUGGAGAUGUGACUCGUGGCAAGCGAGCUGCAGAGCACAUACUUCGCUUAAGCAAAUCUCUUGCAAUUUAG